UCCGCUCUACUCGUCUGGACUACCCGGGCUAACUUUAGCUACAUGUGCUGAGGUCGAGGGGGAAACUGAUCUCACCCGCAACCAUGCCGACAGUUACUUUACCGCCGAAGGAGAACGCUCUGUUCAAGAGGAUUCUGCGAUGUUACGAACACAAACAGUACAGAAAUGGGCUCAAGUUCUGCAAACAAAUCCUGUCCAACCCCAAGUUUGCCGAGCACGGAGAGACCCUGGCCAUGAAGGGCUUGACCCUGAACUGUCUGGGGAAGAAGGAGGAAGCCUACGACCUGGUGAGACGAGGCCUCCGCAACGACCUCAGAAGCCACGUCUGCUGGCAUGUAUACGGUUUACUGCAGCGCUCGGACAAGAAGUACGACGAGGCCAUCAAGUGUUACCGCAACGCCCUGAAGUGGGACAAGGACAACCUGCAAAUCCUCCGAGACCUGAGCCUGCUGCAGAUCCAGAUGAGGGACCUGGAGGGCUACCGGGAGACACGGUACCAGUUGCUGCAGCUGCGUCCAGCCCAGCGAGCCUCCUGGAUCGGCUACGCCAUCGCCUACCACCUCCUGGAGGACUACGAGAUGGCUGCAAAGAUCAUUGAGGAAUUCAGGAAAACGCAACAGACGUCUCCGGACAAGGUGGACUACGAGUACAGCGAGCUGCUACUCUACCAGAACCAGGUGCUCAGAGAAGCAGGUCUGCACAAGGAGGCCCUCGAGCACCUGUCCAACUACGAGAAGCAGAUCUGCGACAAGCUGGCGGUGGAGGAGACACGAGGAGAGCUGCUGCUGAAGCUGGAGCGUCUCGACGAGGCGACAGAAGUCUACCGUCGUCUGCAGGAGAGGAACCCAGAGAACUGGUCCUACUACCACGGCCUGGAAAACGCCCUCAAACCAGGCAGCGUAGAGGAGAGACAGAAGAUCUACGAAGACGCCUGGGAGAAGUUUCCCAAAGGACUCGUCCCUCGCCGGCUGCCCCUUAGCUUCCUUUCUGGUGAGAAGUUCAGAGAGUGUCUGGACCGAUAUCUGAGGAUGAACUUCAGUAAAGGCUGCCCGCCCGUCUUCACCACGCUCAAGUCGCUGUACAACGACAAAGAGAAGGUGGCGAUAAUCGAGGAGCUGGUGGUCAGCUACGAAACCUCGUUAAAAAGCUGUCGAAUGUUCAGCCAGAACGACGACGGCAAAGAGGAGCCUCCGACCACGCUGCUCUGGGUGCAGUACUUCCUGGCUCAGCACUACGACAUGAUCGGCCAGCAGACACUGGCGCUGGAGCAUAUCAACACAGCCAUCGAGAGCACGCCUACGCUCAUCGAGCUCUUCCUCAUCAAAGCCAAGAUCUACAAGCAUGCUGGGAACAUCAGAGAGGCUGCCCAGUGGAUGGACGAGGCCCAGGCUCUGGACACGGCGGACAGAUUCAUCAACUCCAAGUGUGCCAAGUACAUGCUGAAGGCGGGGAUGAUCAAAGAGGCCGAGGAAAUGUGCUCCAAGUUCACGCGGGAGGGGGCGUCAGCGGUGGAGAACCUGAACGAGAUGCAGUGCAUGUGGUUCCAGACGGAGUGUGCGCUCGCCUACAAAGCCAUGAACAAGUUCGGAGAAGCCCUCAAGAAGUGCCACGAGAUCGAAAGGCAUUUUGUGGAGAUCACGGACGACCAGUUUGAUUUCCACACCUACUGCAUGAGGAAGAUGACGCUACGCUCCUACGUGGACCUGCUGAAGCUGGAGGACGUCCUCCGGAUGCAUCCGUUCUACUACAAGGCCGCCGUCACCGCCAUCCAGAUCUACCUGAGCCUCCACGACAAUCCGCUGACCGACGACAGCAAAGAGCUGCAGGCCGACACCGCGAACCUCUCGGACAAAGAGCUGAAGAAGCUGAGGAACAAGCAGCGGCGAGCCCAGAAGAAGGCCCAGUUGGAGGAGGAGAAGAAGAACGCCGAGAAGGAGAAGCAGCUCAAGAACCAGAAGAAGAAGAAGGAGGACGACGACGAGGAAAUCGGAGGACCCAAAGAGGAGCUGAUCCCUGACAAGCUGGUCAAGGUAGAAAAUCCACUGGAAGAAGCCGUCAAGUUCCUGAUGCCUCUCAAACACCUGGUCAAAGACAGAAUCGACACGCAUCUACUGGCCUUCGAGAUCUACUUCAGGAAAGAAAAGUACCUGUUGAUGCUCCAGUCGGUGAAGAGAGCGCUGGCCAUCGACCCCGACCACCCCUGGCUACACCAGUGUCUAGUUCGCUUCUUCAAAGGAGUUUCCGAGAGCAAGGAGCUGCCCGAGGUGGUCCGGACGGUGCUGAAGCAGGAGAUCACCCGGCUGUUCGGCGACAGCAACGCUAAGAGCUUCAACCAGGCCUACCUCAGCAAGCACUCCAACUCCAUACCGCACCGACUGGCUGCUGCUAAGAUGAUGGCGUAUCUGGACUCGUCGACGGAAACGAAAGCAGCAGAGCUGGCCACCGCACUGGACGAGUCGCUCGACAACAGAACCAUACAGAUCUGCACAGAGGUCCUGGAGUGCCUCCGGAGCGGCGUCCUGGGCGACUGCAAGGAGCUCGGCGAGUCGUACCGCGCCGAGUGUCACAAGCUUUACCCCUACACGUUAGCGUUCAUGCCCCCCGGAUACGAGGAGAACACCAAGAUCGCCAACGGAGACGUCUCCACGGAAACGGAGGAGCUGGCCAACGAGAUGUGAGCGCGACGGGACGACGACGACGACGAGCGGAUGUGGACGAAAAAAAAAAAGGAACUGGGCCGAGCGCGGAGCCUUGCGGUACGCCGGGGCAGCCGUUUUGCGGAGCCGGGCGCGGGAAGCGGAAGCUGCUUUCGUCGUCCCCCGGGGCUCGGCUCAAUCGGGUCUGACCCGGCAUGGCUUGGCUUGGCUCUGUCCCACAUGGGUGAAAUUCAGGACUGUGUGUGUGUGAUGAUUGCGUGUGUGUUUGUGUGCGUGCAUGUGUGUGUAUUUGUGGGAAAGCGGGGGGGAAAAGAGGACGACAACAGAACGGCCAUUUUUACUUUUUUUUUUUUUUACAGAAUCAUGAAAAUAAAUAGUCGGGAGAAACUGUGACGCACUCGGACUGCUGUUUUGUUUUGUUUUUUCCCCCCAAACCACUCGAACCUGCUGCUCCGACUAACGCUGACCGUGUUCCCCUUAUUUCAAAAGACAGCGUCACUCAAACCGCCGUCGCCGGGCGGAUCCGAGGAGUUACCGAGGACCCGGAGCGGCGACCGCCGACGCCGACGCUCGCUCCGGUGAACUCUGAGAGGACGCCGCCGCCGCCCAGCAGGGGGAGGACGCGGAGAGUGUCGCUCCUCCACCAGAAUGUGCUUCCCUCACGGUUCCCGCUCGGGACACUUUUUGUAAUCCACGGAGCACCUUGUAGCACAGAAUUCAAAAACUGCAAAAGGUUGUGCGUCGCGCUCCGUUUCAAACACACUGUUUUUGUUUUUUAUUUUACGUAGAUCGGAGAGAGGUGGCUAAGACCUAAGCAAUACCUUCCUGUCCACGACGGACCUUUUUACUGGUGAUUUGUAGAUCAGGUGAGCCUCUGAGUCGCUUUGCGUUGCUGUUGCUGUUUCAUCUGCAUGUACAAGGACUCCGUCGGUCCAGGUGGAGACGAGCCUCCGGUGCAUCUCCGCUCCUCGGAAAGGUCACAAAUCAGCAUCAGAGCCCGUUGCCAAGGUGACAGACAGGACAACGACACAUCUCCGUUCAUCCCCCUUCAUUUUGUUUUGUUUUGUUCCAGCGAUCUCUUUUCUUCCCCUUUUUCCCUCUAAUUUGGGUUCUAAUGUGAAAAAUGAAAUCUGAGAUGGUGAUGUAUGAUAUCUCUGGAUUUUUGUAUUAAAACCAAAAGAAGAAAAAAACAUA